AUGGCCGUGGUUCGCGAUCCAGCAUUCUGGAAACGGUUCUCGAUGGCCGUCCAUCUGGAUGAAGAAAAGGGUACCAUCUCAGACGCUCGAUCGACAUCAUCCUUGGACCCAAAGUCAGGAGUGAAGCACAGUGAUACGUGGCUGGAAAGAAACCGCAAGAAGCAACGCCAAACUCGGAUCCUCGGCUGGGUCAUUACUUUUGGUUUCCUGAUAAUUAUUGCCGCAAUCAUUCUCAUCGUGCUGUGGUUCCUCAAAGUAGGACCAUUUAAAGAAAAGUCUGAUUGA